AUGUGCACAUCCAGGCUCUUCACCCUGGUCCUGGUGGUGCAGCCGCCCCGCGUCCUCCUGGGCAUGAAGAAACGCGGGUUUGGAGCCGGGCUGUGGAACGGCUUCGGGGGGAAGGUGCAGCCGGGGGAGAGCAUCGAGGAGGCCGCUCGCAGGGAGCUCCUGGAGGAGAGUGGACUGACUGUGGACACCUUGCAGAAGAUGGGUCAGAUCACAUUUGAAUUUGUGGGCAACUCUGAACUCAUGGAAGUUCACAUUUUCCGGGCAGACCAUUUUCAUGGAGAGCCAACAGAGAGUGAGGAAAUGUGUCCACAGUGGUUUCAGCUGGAUGAGAUGCCUUUCAAUCACAUGUGGGCAGAUGAUAUUUAUUGGUUUCCCCUCCUGCUUCAGAGAAAGCUGUUUCGUGGCUAUUUUAAGUUCCAGGGACAAAACACUAUCCUGGAGCACACCCUGAAAGAAGUAGAGGAAGUUUAA